AUGGGUGUCCUUUCCGACCUCAAUCUCAAGCCCGGCGUCAUCUACGGCGAUGAUGUCAUGAAGCUUUUCACCUACGCCAGGGAGAAGGGCUUCGCUAUUCCUGCCGUCAACGUGACCUCUUCUUCCACUGUCGUCGCUACCCUCGAAGCCGCUCGCGACUCCAAGUCCCCUAUCAUCCUGCAGACGUCCCAGGGUGGUGCCGCCUUCUUCGCUGGCAAGGGUGUCGCCAACAGCGCCGAGAAGCAGGAGGCUUCCGUCGCCGGUGCCGUUGCCGCGGCGCACUACAUCCGCUCCAUCGCUCCCAUCUACGGCGUCCCCGUCGUUCUUCACACCGACCAUUGCGCUAAGAAGCUGCUGCCAUGGCUCGACGGCAUGCUUGACGCCGACGAGGCGGAGUUCAAGAAGACCGGCACUCCUCUCUUCUCCUCCCACAUGAUCGAUCUCAGCGAGGACGAUGUCCAGUACAACAUUGAGACCACCGCCAAGUACCUGAAGCGCGCUGCUCCCAUGAAGCAGUGGCUCGAGAUGGAGAUUGGCAUCACUGGCGGCGAGGAGGAUGGUGUCAACAACGAGGAUGUCGACAACAACUCGCUCUACACCCAGCCCGAGGAUAUCUGGGAAAUCUACAAGACGCUCUCCGCCAUCAGCCCCUACUUCUCUAUCGCUGCCGGCUUCGGUAACGUCCACGGCGUCUACAAGCCUGGCAAUGUCAAGCUCCACCCCGAGCUGCUUGGCAAGCACCAGACUUUCGUCUCGGAGAAGCUCGGUAACAACGACAAGAAGCCCGUCUUCUUCGUCUUCCACGGCGGUUCCGGUUCGUCUCUCGAGGAGUUCAAGGAGGCCAUCAGCCAUGGCGUCGUCAAGGUCAACCUCGAUACCGAUCUGCAGUGGGCCUAUCUCACCGGUGUUCGCGACUACGUCACGAAGAACAUCGAGUACCUGAAGAGCCAGGUCGGAAACCCCGAGGGCGCGGAUAAGCCCAACAAGAAGAAGUACGACCCUCGUGUCUGGGUGCGCGAGUCGGAGAAGACCAUGACCACGCGUGUCAAGGAGGCCCUGGACCACUUCGGUGCCGCCGGCGUUUUGUAAAUUCACCAAAGCUUGGAAUAGACGGGUGCAGAGAGGUGCAGGAUGAGGGGAAAGAGAGAGGAAGUCACGACUUGAUGAAUUUGACUUGUCGUCAACGGGACUCGGCAGAUAUGUUGUUGGGAGGAACAACGGUAGGAUACGGAUACCAGACGUUGUUAGCCUGAGGAAAGAAAAGAAGAAGAAACCCAACC